AUGGACGCCCCCGACUCCCUCUCCUCCUCCAUCCCGCCUCUCUCUACCCGAACCUCCCUGCAACGCCAGGCUCGGGACGCAGCCUCGGUGGCAGCAGCGGAGGAGAGGGACAGGCUUGCGCUGCGAGGGGCACAGCUUGAGUACCGAGGGGAGGGGGGUGCGCAGGGUUUGGGGGGGAGGGGAGGGGAGGGUGGGGGGGAUGCCAAAGGGGAAGGGAGAGUAGUUGGGGGCACGCAGGUGGGUGGGGGUGGGCGGAGGGUCGAGUGGGAGUGGGUGGAGGAGCAGCAGCGGGCGGCGGAGAGGGCAGUGAGCAACGUGCUGCGAGCAGCAGUGGAGGCGCUGGGGUGGCAAGGGUACGACCAGCACCCCCUCUCCGCCACUGCUCCCGCCCCCAGUGGCCCGCCCUCAAUGCCCGCUGCACCCCCCGCGCCCCCUCUCUCUGCUCAGGAGCAGCUGCUCUCCCUGUCCGCGUCGGCAGCCCUGGCCCACCUCUCCUCCCUGCCGCCCCACCUCAUUCCCCCCCACGCCCGCCCCCUGCCCCCGCCCCAAUGCCUGCACAGCACACCCCUGCCAUCGCCAGCACGCAUGUCAAAGGCAGGGUUGCCCGCGCCUGUGUGUGCGCGUGAGUGGGCACUGCGCAAGCUGCACCCAGCAUAUGGGCGAGGGGGGGCAGAGGCGCAGGGGGGGAGAGGGGAUGGCAGCGAGGUGGGGGAGAAGGGCACGCAUGGCAGUACGGGCAGGGGUGCUCGUGAAGCUGGGGAGAGGGCUGCAGCACCACAAACAGCAGCAGUGGCGGGUGAAGAGGGGGCAGGUGGAGGGAGGCAGGGCGAGAAGGCAGCAGGGGGAGGUGGGGGACGGUUGGUGCCGUGCAUGGAGGGGGUGAGGGUGCAUGGCGGCACCCUCAUGCUCCUCGCUUAUGGAGACCAGGAGCCGCGGGUGGUGGAGCACAUCGAUGCGCAUGUGACCUUCCCCGCGCUGCCCCACUCCUACAAGCGCAUCAAGGUCGACGCUCACGGCUCCCUCCGCCCCUCCCGCAACUUCCAGCCUGCCCCCUCGCCCACCACCCCUUCCCCCACCGCCACCGCCUCUUCAUCCUCCUCAUCGUCGUCUCCUCAACCCCCCGGCAGCAGCGGCAAGGGGAAGCGCUUCUCCACGCCUUUUCACAUGCCUGGCGGUGCAGCUGCAGGGCGGAAGGAGGCGGAAGGGGGAGCAGAGGGGGGAGCAGGCGAGGGGGGAGGCGGGCUGCUGAGAGUGUCAGUGGAUGUGGACGAGGACAAGCACGAGUGGGCUGUCACUGUCACCGCACACAACCUCUUUGCACCUGUGCGUGCGCAUCUGCGUUGCUGCAUGUGCUCACCUGCACCUGCCAUGCCCAGCAGCCAGUCAUGUUCCAACCAACAUGCCCGUGAGCUCACUCCCUGUCGUGCUGCCAUUCGUGUCCGGGGGGGCAUGCAUGAGCGCACCUGCGGUGUGUGGUUGGAGGGCGUGGGGGUUGUGGUGGAGAGAGAGCAGGUGCAGCUGUGGAUGGGGGCGGGGGAUUCGUUCCCCAACUUCAAGGGCAGGGUGGACAUCACAGACCUUGCCUUCCAAAUAUGGGAGUCCCCCUGUGCGUUCACUGGAGUGAGCGGAGCGGUGGUGCUGGAGGGGCAACGCCUGUUCCUGCACGGGGUGGAGGGGCGGUACGGGCACGUGCCACUGAGGGCGUCGGGGGACAUGGACCUCAACCAGGGCGCCGGGGGGCAGUACCGCAUCACAGCGCAGGUUCAACCGGUGGAGGCAAAUCUGCUGAUGAAGACGCUCAACGCCAAGCCCCUGCCAUACCCUCUGGCAGGGAGCCUGCAAGGACUGCUCUUCUGCCGAGGGCCUCUCGAUGCGCCGAUCUUUGAAGGCACUGCUGAGCUGGCAGCAGAGCCUGCUGACGUGGAUGCAGCUGUUGCUGCGGUGGCGGGGUCGGAUGCAGCGGGGGCGGUGGAGGCGUGGCGAGGGGAGGGGGCGGUGGGGGCGUAUGACCGCGUGCCCGUCACGGCUGCCACGGCCAACUUCACGUUCAACACCGACGACUGCGUCAGUGCGGAGCUGCAUGGGGUGCGGGCGGUGCCGGUGGGAGGGGGGGAGAUUCGAGGGGCGGGCACGCUGUGGGUGUGUCCCCAGGCAGAGGCGGAUCCAUCGGCAGUGAGUGUGGACUGCUGGGCGGCGGGGGUAUCUCUGGACCGUCUGCUCACCUUCUACCUGCCGCCCGCCACUGCUGCACCGCCCUCGCUGCUCGGCCUCGCUUCAGGCGAAGCCGCCUUCAGAGGCUCCCUCCUAUCCCCGUAUGCCCUCCUCUACCCCCCUCUGCCUCCCUCUACCCUGCUUUGCCGUAAUCUCUCUUGGGCCGGUAUGUGGUUUCUCAACCGCCUGCGCAUUCGCUCAUUUUUUUCUCUGUGUUUUCCCACUGUCAUUGCACACCCGUUCUCGGAGCUGCCCCCGUUGCCCCCGCGCCCGCGUGUGGAGCGUGUGGAGGCUGAGGCGCGCCUGAGGGCCUUCGACGCCCUCGCUCUGCUGCCCGCCGCCCCCGUGCCCGUGCCGCCCCCCCAGCCCUCUCUGCGGCACCUGCGGCUGUCGGGGCGCUUGAAGCUCUCUGCGCGCGUGCCAUGGGGCAGUGAGGUGCAUCCAGGGGUGUUGGACGAGGCUGGAGGGGGUGAAGGCGCGAGGCAGGAGGCAGAGGCGGGGCUGCCAGGGCUGGAGGGGAGCGUGCUCAUUCAGGGGCUCAAGCUGAACCAGCUGCUGCUGGGGGCCAACCUGUCAGGCGGCGUGGCUGUCAGUCCCCAUGGCUUCAACCUGCACACUGUGGGCCGCGGCGAUGAGCAGCUCAUGCUGCAGCUCUCAGCCAAUGGCGUGCUGCCACCUGUCCCUACAAUCCCACAUGCCUCGUCGUCCUACAUGCCACAGGAGCAGGCCUCCGAGGCGGCCUUCCCUCUCUUCGAUGUCGGAGCAGCGGUGCCAGCAGCAGGCAGCACGGGCGGCGGUGUAGGGGGUGUAGCGGGGGGGGCGGUGAGGGUGCAGCGGGGGCAGAUGAGUGUGGAGGGGCAUGUGCGCGUGGGGGCAACAGCAGCGCUGGAGGUGAGGGCGCUGCCGCUGGACGAGUUGGAGCUGGCGUCGCUGCGCGGCCUCGUGGAGCGUGCUGCCGUGCGCCUCAACUUCGCCAAGCGCCGCGGCCACGGCUCCCUGGCAGUGCGGCGGCCGCGGUUCAGCGGCAUGCUCUGUGACGCCCUGCAUGCUGCCUUCCGCUGGACCGGCGACGUGGUGACUCUGGAACGGUCGGUGCUGGAGCAGGCAAACAGCCGGUACGAGGUGCAGGGGGAGUAUGUGCUGCCGGGGAUGAGGGAGUGGGACAGGGAGCGCGACAGGGACAGAACCACCUCUUCCCACUCAGCCUCCACGCCCACCCCCGACGCUGCUGCCACUGCGGCUGCCGCGGCCUCGGAGCGCGGCGUGGACACGGAGUGGGGCGGGGGCGGGCGGCAGGGGGCGAUGCGGGGGCAGCUGCAGGCCAUGAUGACGUCCAUCGGCCGCUGGCGCUUGCGCCUCGACGUGCCGCACGCUGACGUGAGCGAGAUGCUGCCGGGGCUGCGCAUUCUGUCGCGCAGCCACGACCCGGCCGUGCUGCUGCGCUCCAAGGAGCUCUUCCUGCACGGCAUCGAGGACGUUGGCUUCUCCUCCCACUCCCUGCAGCACCAGCUCGAGGUGCGCCCUCUGCCCGCCACCCACCCGCCCACAUUCAACUGGCUAGCGCCUGUCUGCUUCGGAGGUGAUUUUGCUUGUCAUGUCGCUGUGCGUUCUUCUCCCUCCACUCCGUGCUCUCCACUCCUUACUCUCCACUCCUUGUCUUCACCCCGCUCCCACCAUCACACCUGUGCCCCACCCACCACGCGCUUCCAUCUCUGUCGACGCCCGUCUCACGCGUUGAUCCGUACCUUGUUCCCUGCCGCGCUGCGGCUGUGUGGGUGGGUGGGAGCAGUAUGUGCGGGAGAAGAGGGAGCGCGAGUGGGAGCCAGCGGGCACGGACGUGGGCGGGGGGUUGGCAGCGGAGGCGCUGCCAGGGCUGGUGGACCUGCGGGGUCGCUGGCACGGGGUGCUGGAGGCCAGUGGGGGCGGCAACGGCGACACGUCGGCGUCGUUCGACGUGCACGGCAGCGACUGGGAGGCGGGCAGGUACCGCCUGCAGCAGCUGCAGGCGCGGGGGCGGUACAGCAACACGGGGGGCUGCAGGUGGAGCGGCUGCUGCUGCAGAAGGACGACGGUGCCACGGUGCAUGCGGACGGCACUGUGUUUGGCCCCGCGCCCAGCCUGCACUUCGCGCUGCUCAACUUCCCCGCCCACCUCGUCCCCACCUUCCUGCAAGCCCUCCACGCCGCUGCACCCUCCCAGUCCUCCGCUGCUGCUGCUGCCUCUGGUGCGCCGUUCCCCCCCCCGCCCCCCGUGGGCGUGCAGCAGGCGGCAGUGAGGGGCGUGGUGCACGUGGAGGGCGACCUGUCGGGCUCCUUCGCCCAGCCGCAGUGCGACGUGCAGCUGCGGCUGCUGGACGGGGAGAUAGCGGGGGUGGCGCUGGGGCGGGCGGAGGUGGCGGCGUCGCUGACGAGGGCGUCGCGGCUGCUCUUCCACGCGGUGCUGGAGCCCGCAGUGGACGCCGGCCAGGUGCGCAUCAAGGGCAACGUGCCGCUGCCACCGCUGCAGGCUGGGCAUGCAGGGCAGGCGGCUCAGGCAGGGCAGGAGGUGCAGGGCGCAGGCAGGGACAUGGGCGGUGGAGGAGGGAGGAUGGUAGUUUCUGGUGGAGGCAGAAUGCAGGAGAAGCGGAGGGGCAAGGCAGGCGAGAAGAAGCAGAAGGCGGGUGUGGAUGCGACACAGAAGAAGGAAGGCGGCGGUGCAGCGCGGGAGGGCAGCCGGCUGUGGCAUGACUGGGACUGGCUGGACAAGGAGGGCGGGCUGUGGAGCGACGGCACGGGGAGUGGCGAUGGUGGCGAGGCUGAGGAGAAGGUCAAGAAGGAGGAAGAGGAGGAGGAGGAAGAGGAGGAGGAGGGGGAAGGGGAGGGGGAGGGUGCGCAGAAGGGGCCGGAGCUGCUGCGCAGCCUGGUGGAGCUGGAGCGGGCGUUUGAGGGCGAGGAGCAGGCGGAGCAGAUGCAGGUGGAGGCCAGUGUGCAGGACGCUGGCAUGAUGCUGCUCACCGCGCUCUCCCCCUCCUUCCGCUGGAUCCACGGCCACGCCGCCAUCUCUGCUCAGGUGUGUGCUGCCAUCUCUGCUCAGGUGAGAGGCACGGUGGCGCGGCCAGAGGUGGCGGCGGAGGCGGUGUUCAGCCGUGUGACGGCGUCGUCCCCCGUGCUGCCGCGCCCACUCACGGGCGGGGGGGGGCGCAUCCGCAUCGCAGCGCAGCAGCUGCUGGUGGACGGGCUCGAGGGGCGCGUGGGGCGCCGCGGCACCCUGCGUGUCGAGGGCUCUCUGCCCCUCGGCCUGCCCGCACACGAGGGGGGGGGAGCCAUCCGGCUGUCACGCGGCAUCGCGUACCUGUCGCAGGAGAAGGACCGGGCCGACACCCCCCCCUCCCCCUCCGUGCCCUCCUCGCUGCUGCCCUCCCACCGCCGCAAGACACCUGCACUCUCUGCUGCUCCCUCCAGUGCCCCUCCUGGCAAGUCAGCAGCACCUGAUUGGCUGCCGGCGAUGUCCUCCACGGCAUCGUCUUCAGCCAUGAAGCUGCCGGCGUCAGCGCCACAGCAAGAGAGCACGUCAUCGCCGCUAUCUGCCACCACUGCCACCGCCGCCUCUGCUGCCACUACAGCAGUGCCGCCUGUGCCGCUGCCAGCACCCCCUGACCUCGCGUCUGCGCCAUCGGCGCCGGCAGCGCUGGUGCGGCUGCGGGGGCUGCAGGUGGCGCUGGGGCCGGAGCUGCGCGUGGUGUACCCGCUCAUCCUCAACCUCGCCACGCGCGGCGACCUGCACCUCAAUGGCUUCGCCGACCCACGCCUCGUGCGCCCCUCCGGCACACUCUUCUUCGAGAACGGCGAAGUCAACCUCGUUGCCACCCAGCUGCGGCUGAACCGCGACCACCCCAACUGUGCGCGCUUUGAGGCGGCGCUGGGCAUGGACCCGCUGCUGGACCUGAAGCUGGUGGGGGCGGACUGGCAGAUGCGCAUCCAGGGCCCGGCCAACCGCUGGCAGGACAACGUGGUGCUCACCACGCUGCCGCGCGGCGGCGAGGAGGACGUGCUGUCGCCCGCCGAGGCGGCGCGGCUGUUUGAGAGCCAGCUGGCGGAGUCGCUGCUGGAGAAGGACGGCCAGCUGGCGCUCAAGAAGCUGGCGGCCGCCACCGUGGAGACCCUCAUGCCCAAGAUCGAGAGCCGCGGGCAGUUCGGGCAGGCGCGAUGGCGCCUGGUGAGCGCGCCGCAGAUCCCGAACCUGCUCUCGCUGGACCCCACCUCCGACCCCUUCCAGUCCCUCGCCAACCUCUCCUUCGGCGCCGAGGUGGAAAUCCAAAUCGGCAACAACCUUCAGGCAUCUGUGGUGCGGCAGCUACGCGAGAGUGAGAUGGCAACCCAAUGGAAACUGCUAUACCAACUCAACUCCCGCUUGCGUCUUCUCUUCUCAUCCUUGUCCUCCGUUGAGAAACGACUUUUGUUUGAAUACUCUGCGUCCUCACAGAAUUGA